AACAUGGGUCGGGGGCGUUUCCAUCUGCAGGCUACUGGAUGGAUGCGCAAGAGGUAGGCGACAGUACUGCCUACAGUCCCGUCUGCACCUCCAUGUCAUACACCGGAGACCAAUAAUGAGACCAAACAGUCAAGCACCCAAACACAGAGCCUCACAUGACACGGAGAGGGAAUUUGGAGGAACUCUGGGUGCCAUAUGCAUUCCCAUCUUUCUUCCGUUGACUGUGCUGUUCCUGAUCUGUGUGAGUCGAUCCCCUGAGGCCUCUGUUCUCCAGUGGCCUCCUCCCCUCCCCUCCACUGACCAGCUGUGGGACCCUCUGGCCCCAGUGCUUCUGCUGGGAUGGAUUGCUUUACAUGCCCUCCUCUAUUUGAUGCCGUUAGGAAAGGUGUCUGAGGGAUUAGUGCUGCGGGAUGGAACGCGCCUCAAGUAUCCUAUAAAUGGUUUUCAUGGCCUGUGCAUCAGCGGUGUGUUACUGAUGCUUCUGCUGGGGCUGGGCGCUCCUCUCUGGUAUCUGUUUGAGCUGCUGUUGCCCCUGGCAGUGUGUGCAAUAGCAGUGUCUUUCCUGCUCUCCAUCUACCUCUACAUCCGCUCCUUUUGGGCUCCCUCCCAUGCUCUUGCUUUGGGGGGCAACACAGGAAAUCCUCUGUAUGACUUUUUCAUCGGACGGGAGUUAAAUCCUCGGAUUGGAAACUUUGACCUUAAAUAUUUCUGUGAGCUCAGACCGGGUCUGAUUGGCUGGGUGGUUAUAAACCUUGGCAUGCUGAUGAAAGAGGUGGAGCUUCGAGGUUCCCCCUCCCUCGCCAUGAUACUGGUCAACAGUUUCCAGCUGCUGUAUGUGGCGGACGCCCUGUGGAACGAGGAGGCUGUUCUGACCACCAUGGACAUUGUGCAUGAUGGUUUCGGCUUCAUGUUGGUCUUUGGAGACCUGGCUUGGGUUCCCUUCACAUAUGGCCUGCAGGCAGCCUUCCUGGUUGUGCACCCACAGACCCUAAGUUCAUUUGGAGCCGCAGUCAUAAUAGCACUGAAUGGUAUUGGAUAUUAUAUUUUCAGAAAAUCCAACUCCCAGAAGAACCAGUUCAGACGAGACCCUACACAUCCAAGUGUUGCAAGACUGGAAACCAUCGCCACAGCAACAGGGAAGCGGCUGCUGGUGUCCGGUUGGUGGGGACUCGUUCGUCAUCCCAAUUACCUCGGUGACCUCCUCAUGGCCCUGGCGUGGUCCCUUCCAUGUGGAUUCUCACAUCUGCUGCCUUACUUCUAUGUCAUAUAUUUCACCGUGUUGCUGAUUCACCGAGAGGCCCGUGAUGAGAGACAGUGCAGGGCCAAAUACGGACUAGCAUGGGACACCUACUGUCGUCGUGUCCCCUACAGGAUCUUCCCUUAUAUAUACUGAAAGCAGACGGGCAGAACAGGACCAAAACUGUCACCCAGUAUCCUCAUGACUCUUGAAAUCCACACAAAACCCAGCAAUAACUUGAGAUGUAAAUCCAUUCUCCUUUAAAUGGACCACAAGUUAAUAAGCGGUGCUGCUACUGGGAAUCUGCAGGGAGCUCACAGUUUUAAUCAGCCUUCAUUUGAAAGGCUACGGUCCAGUUACAAAAUGAUGGAUCGCUACUUCUAAUUCCCUGCAUUUUGACUUUGAAACCUCAGAGCAAUCUGUUAUAUAAUAGGUAUAGGUAAAAUCAGUCUGCAGCACAACAUGUCUCUUGUUCUGUUUCUACGGCUCAAGCAGUCCGGGGAAAAACAAUUAAAAACAUUAUUAUUUUACUCUUUUUACAUUUUAUGAGAAAACAUUAACUGAAAAACUGAACCACAGUAGUAAAUAUCAGUGCAUUUUUUUACAUCCAAAAAGGCUGGGUCACAUCCUUUUACCAUGGUUUUUUGUUCAAGUGUAUUGUUACCUGUGAAAUACAUUUAAAAUAAAUAAAUAUAAAACCGCA